AUGACAAUAAAUCGUUAUAUUUGUGGACAUGGUCACCGGGAUCACAGCCACCGCCACAGGGGCCGCUGGGGCUACCACAGAGGUCACAAGGACCACGUCCACCGCUGGGGCCACAGGGGGUGCUACAAGGGCCAGGGCCACAAGGGCCAGGGCCACCGCUGGGGCCACAAGGGCCAGGGCCACCGCUGGGGCCACAAGGGCCAGGGCCACCGCUGGGGCCACAAGGGCCAGGGCCACCGCUGGGGCCACAAGGGCCAGGGCCACCGCUGGGGCCACAAGGGCCAGGGCCACCGCUGGGGUCACAAGGGGGUCAAGGCCACCGCUACAGGGGCCACCGCCACAGGGGCCGCUGGGGCCACAGGAGCCAUGGCCGCCACAGAGGGCAAUAAGGGCCACCGCUGGGGCCACAAGGGCCAGGGCCACCGCUGGGGCCACAAGGGCCAGGGCCACCGCUGGGGCCACAAGUGCCAGGGCCACAAGGGGCAGGGCCACCGCUUGGGUCACCAGGGCUACGGCCACCGUGGAGUUCACAAAGUCCACCGCUGGGGUCACAAGGGCCAACGCAGAGGUCACAAAGGUCAUGGCCACCGCUGGGGUCACAACUGCAGCCCUUUAGAAGCUCCCUCCCAGUCACUCAACAAAACUCCUCCAGUCUCAACACAGAGAACAACCAAUAGUCCGGCUUCAGCCCUUGCUAUCAGGUCUACAUCUCCUUUCAAAACAACUCCCUCCCCAUCUCUGAGUACUACUACUACAAUGACAGCAAAUGGUCAUGUUUGUGGUUAUGGUCAAGUUCACAGGGGUCAAGGCGACAGAGGCCACCGCCACAGGGGCCGCUGGGGCCACAGGGGCCAUGGCCGCCACAGAGGUCACAAGGGCCACGUCCACCGCUGGAGCCACAGGGGCUGCCCUUCAGACGCUCCCUCCAAAUCUUCUCCAGUCUCAACACCUAAAACAACCAAUAGUCUGAUUCCAACCCUUGCUCUUUGGUCUGCAACAUCUCCUUCAGAAAAUGCAACUCCUUCCCCAUUUCUGACCACUACUUCUCCAAAAACAAUGUGCGGUCGAACUGGUGGGCAGGGCAACAAGGGCCACCGCUGGGCUCACAAGGGCCACCGCUGGGCUCACAAGGGCCACCGCUGGGGCCACAAGGCCCAUGGCCACCGCUGGGGCCACAAGGCCCAUGGCCACCGCUGGGCUCACAAGGGCUGCCUUUCAGACUCUCCCUCCCAAUCACUCACUACAACUUCUCCAGUCUCAACACCUAAAACCAAUAGUCUGAUUCCAACCUUUGCUCUUUGGUCUGCAACAUCUCCUUCAGGAAAUGAAAAUCCUUCGCCAUUUCUGACCACUACUUCUCCAAUGACGAUGUACGGUCGAACUGGUGGGCAGGAACGCAAGGGCCACCGCUGGGGCCGCAAGGGCCAGGGCCACCGCUGGGGCCCCAAGGGCCAGGGCCACCGCUGGGGCCGCAAGGGCCAGGGCCACCGCUGGGGCCGCAAGGGCCAGGGCCACAAGGGGCAGGGCCACCGCUGGGGCCACAAGGGAAUGCCUUCAGACGCUCCCACCCAAUCGCUGACUACAACUUCUCCAGUCUCAACACUGAGACAAACCAAUCGUCUGGCUUCAGCCCCUGCUAUCAAGUCUACAUCUCCUUCCAAAACAACUCCCUCCCCAUCUCUGACUACUACUACAAUGACAACAAAUGGUCAUAUUUGUGGAUAUGGUCAUGUUCACAGGGGUCAAGGCUUCAGCGACAGAGGCCACCGCCACAGGGGCCGCUGGGGCCACAGGGGCCAUGGCCGCCACAGAGGUCACAAGGGCCACGUCCACCGCUGGAGCCACAGGGGCUGCCCUUCAGACGCUCCCUCCAAAUCUUCUCCAGUCUCAACACCUAAAACCAACAGUCUGAUUCCAACCCUUGCUAUUUGGUCUGCAACAUCUCCUUCAGGAAAUGCAACGCCUUCGCCAUUUCUGACCACUACUUCUCCAAAAACAAUGUGCGGUCGAACUGGUGGGCAGGGCAACAAGGGCCACCGCUGGGCUCACAAGGGCCACCGCUGGGCUCACAAGGGCCACCGCUGGGGCCACAAGGGCCAUGGCCACCGCUGGGCUCACAAGGGCCAUGGCCACCGCUGGGCUCACAAGGGCCAUGGCCACCGCUGGGCUCACAAGGGUUGCCCUUCAGAUGCUCCCUCCAAAUCUUCUCCAGUCUCAACACCUAAAACCAACAGUCUGAUUCCAACCCUUGCUAUUUGGUCUGCAACAUCUCCUUCAGGAAAUGCAAAUCCUUCGCAGUUUCUGACCACUACUUCUCCAAUGACGAUGUACGGUCGAACUGGUGGGCAGGAACACAAGGCCCACCGCUGGGGCCACAAGGGCCAGGCCCACCGCUGGGGCCACAAGGGCCAGGCCCACCGCUGGGGCCACAAGGGCCAGGCCCACCGCUGGGGCCACAAAGGAAUGCCUUCAGAUGCUCCCUCCCAAUCGCUGACUACAACUUCUCCAGUCUCAACACUGAGAACAACCAAUCGUCUGGCUUCAGCCCCUGCUAUCAGGUCUACAUCUCCUUCCAAAACAACUCCCUCCCCAUCCCUGACUACUACUACAAUGACAACAAAUGGUCAUAUUUGUGGACAUGGUCAUGAUCACAGGGGUCAAGGCCACCGCGACAGGGGCCACCGCCACAGGGGCCGCUGGGGCCACAGGAGCCAUGGCCGCCACAGAGGUCACAAGGGCCACGUCCACCGCUGGAGCCACAGGGGCUGCCCUUCAGACGUUCCCUCGAAAUCUUCUCCAGUCUCAACACUUAAAACAACCAAUAGUCUGCCUCCAACCCUUGCUCUUUGGUCUGCAACAUCUCCUUCAGAAAAUGCAACUCCUUCCCCAUUUCUGACCACUACUUCUCCAAAAACAAUGUGCGAUCGAACUGGUGGGCAGGGCAACAAGGGCCACCGCUGGGCUCACAAGGGCCACCGCUGGGCUCACAAGGGCCACCGCUGGGGCCACAAGGGCCAUGGCCACCGCUGGGCUCACAAGGGCCAUGGCCACCGCUGGGCUCACAAGGGCCAUGGCCACCGCUGGGCUCACAAGGGUUGCCCUUCAGAUGCUCCCUCCCAAUCACUUACAACUUCUCCAGUCUCAACACCUAAAACCAACAGUCUGAUUCCAACCCUUGCUAUUUGGUCUGCAACAUCUCCUUCAGGAAAUGCAACGCCUUCGUCAUUUCUGACCACUACUUCUCCAAUGACGAUGUACGGUCGAACUGGUGGGCAGGAACACAAGGCCCACCGCUGGGGCCACAAGGGCCAGGCCCACCGCUGGGGCCACAAGGGCCACAAGGGCCACAAGGGCCAGGCCCACCGCUGGGGCCACAAGGGCCGGGGGCCACCGCUGGGGCCACAAGGGAAUGCCUUCAGAUGCUCCCUCCCAAUCGCUGACUACAACUUCUCCAGUCUCAACACUGAGAACAACCAAUCGUCUGGCUUCAGCCCCUGCUAUCAGGAACACAAGGGCCACCGCUGGGGCCACAAGGGCCAUGGCCACCGCUGGGCCACAAGGGCCAUGGCCACCGCUGGGGCCACAAGGGCCAUGGCCACCGCUGGGGCCACAAGGGCCAUGGCCAACGCUGGGGCCACAAUGGCCAUGGCCACCGCUGGGCUCACAAGGAAAUGCAAAUCCUUCGCCAUUUCUGACCACUACUUCUCCAAUGACGAUGUACGGUCGAACUGGUGGGCAGGAACACAAGGGCCACCGCUGGGGCCACAAGGGCCACGGCCACCGCUGGGGCCACAAGGGCCGGGGCCACAAGGGCCGGGGCCACAAGGGCCGGGGCCACAAGGGCCGGGGCCACAAGGGCCAGGCCCACCGCUGGGGCCACAAGGGCCAGGCCCACCGCUGGGGCCACAAGGGGCAGGGCCACCGCUGGGGCCACAAGGGAAUGCCUUCAGACGCUCCCUCCCAAUCGCUGACUACAACUUCUACAGUCUCAACACUGAGAACAACCUAUCGUCUGGCUUCAGCCCCUGCUAUCAGGGCAACAAGGGCCACCGCUGGGCUCACAAGGGCCACCGCUGGGCUCACAAGGGCCACCGCUGGGCUCACAAGGGCCACCGCUGGGGCCACAAGGGCCACGGCCACCGCUGGGCUCACAAGGGCCACGGCCACCGCUGGGCUCACAAGGGCCAUGGCCACCGCUGGGCUCACAAGGGCUGCCUUUCAGAUGCUCCCUCCCAAUCACUCACUACAACUUCUCCAGUCUCAACACCUAAAACCAAUAGUUUGAUUCCAACCCUUGCUCUUUGGUCAGAAACAUCUCCUUCAGGAAAUGCAACUCCUUUGCUAUUUCUGACCACUACUUCUCCAAUGAUGAUGUACGGUCGAACUGGUGGGCAGGAACACAAGGGCCUCGGCCACCGCUGGGGCCACAAGGGCCUCGGCCACCGUGGAGUUCACAAAGUAAACCGCUGGGGUCACAAGGGCCAAAGCAGAGGUCACAAGGGCCAGGGCCACCGCUGGGGUCACAAGGGCCAGGGCCACCGCUGGGGUCACAAGGGCCAGGGCCACCGCUGGGGUCACAAGGGCCAGGGCCACCGCUGGGCCCACAAUGGAAGCCCUUCAGACGCUCCCUCCCAAUCGCUGACAACAACUUCUCCAGUCUCAACACUGAGAACAACCAAUCGUCUGCCUUCAGCCCCUGCAAUCAGGUCUACAUCUUCCAAAACAACUCCCUCCCCAUCUCUGACUACUACUACAAUGACAACAAAUAGUCAUAUUUGUGGACAGGGUCACGGCCACCGCCACAGGGGCCGCUGGGGCCACAGGGGCCUUGGCCGCCACAGAGGUCACAAGGGCCACGCCCACCGCUGGAGCCACAGGGGCUGCCCUUCAGAUGCUCCCUCCAAAUCUUCUCCAGUCUCAACACCUAAAACAACCAAUAGUCUGAUGCGAACCCUUGCUCUUUGGUCUGCAACGUCUCCUUCAGAAAAUGCAACUCCUUCCCCAUUUCUGACCACUACUUCUCCAAAAACAAUGUGCGGUCGAACUGGUAGGCAGGGCAACAAGGGCCACCGCUGGGCUCACAAGGGCCACCGCUGGGGCCACAAGGGCCAUGGCCACCGCUGGGCUCACAAGGGCCAUGGCCACCGCUGGGCUCACAAGGGCCAUGGCCACCGCUGGGCUCACAAGGGCCAUGGCCACCGCUGGGCUCACAAGGGCUGCCUUUCAGAUGCUCCCUCCCAAUCACUCACUACAACUUCUCCAGUCUCAACACCUAAAACCAAUAGUCUGAUUCCAACCUUUGCUCUUUGGUCUGCAACAUCUCCUUCAGGAAAUGCAAAUCCUUCGACAUUUCUGACCACUACUUCUCCAAUGACGAUGUACGGUCGAAAUGGUGGGCAAGAAUACAAGGGCCACCGCCGGGGCCACAAGGGCCAGGGCCACCGCCGGGGCCACAAGGGCCAGGGCCACCGCUGGGGCCAUAAAGGCCAGGGCCACAAGGGCCAGGGCCAGCGCUGGGGCCACAAGGGAAGCCCUUCAGAUGCGCCCUCCCAAUCGCUGACUACAACUUCUCCAGUCUCAGCACUGAGAACAACCAAUCGUCUGGCUUCAGCCCCUGCUAUCAGGUCUACAUCUCCUUCCAAAACAACUCCCUCCCCAUCCCUGACUACUACUACAAUGACAACAAAUGGUCACAUUUGUGGACAUGGUCAUGAUCACAGGGGUCAAGGCCACCGCUACAGGGGCCACCGCCACAGGGGCCGCUGGGGCCACAGGAGCCAUGGCCGCCACAGAGGUCACAAGGGCCACGUCCACCGCUGGAGCCACAGGGGCUGCCCUUCAGACACUCCCUCGAAAUCUUCUCCAGUCUCAACACUUAAAACAACCAAUAGUCUGCCUCCAACCCUUGCUCUUUGGUCUGCAACAUCUCCUUCAGAAAAUGCAACUCCUUCCCCAUUUCUGACCACUACUUCUCCAAAAACAAUCUGCGGUCUAACUGGUGGGCAAGGCAACAAGAGCCACCGCUGGGCUCACAAGGGCCACCGCUGGGGCCACAAGGGGCAGGGCCACCGCUGGGGCCACAAGGGGCAGGGCCACCGCUGGGCUCACAAGGGGCAUGGCCACCGCUGGGCUCACAAGGGGCAUGGCCACCGCUGGGCUCACAAGGGCCACCGCUGGGCUCACAAGGGCUGCCUUUCAGACGCUCCCUCCCAAUCACUCACUACAACUUCUCCAGUCUCAACACCUAAAACCAAUAGUUUGAUUCCAAUCCUUGCUCUUUGGUCUGAAACAUCUCCUUCAGGAAAUGCAACUCCUUUGCUAUUUCUGACCACUACUUCUCCAAUGAUGAUGUACGGUCGAACUGGUGGGCAGGAACACAAGGGCCUCGGCCACCGUGGAGUUCACAAAGUCCACCGCUGGGGUCACAAGGGGCAAAGCAGAGGUCACAAAGUUCAUGGCCACCGCUGGGGUGACAAGGGCCAGGGCCACCGCUGGGGUCACAAGGGCCAGGGCCACCGCUGGGGUCACAAGGGCCAGGGCCACCGCUGGGCCCACAAGGGAAGCCCUUCAGACGCUCCCUCCCAAUCGCUGACAACUUCUCCAGUCUCAACACUGAGAACAACCAAUCGUCUGCCUUCAGCCCCUGCAAUCAGAGGUCAGAAGGGCUACAGCCGUCUCAAGGGCUACGGCCACCGUGGAGGUCUCAAGAACCAUGGGCACAGCAGCAGUCGCAAUGGCCACAGGCAACAGGGUGGGCACAAAGGUGGUCAAAGGGGCAGCGACAAGGGCGGCAGCAACAAUGGAGACUACAAGAGCAACCACCACGAGGAAGAUGACUGUGCGGCCGGCACCAACAAGACGAAUGACUCUGUCCUAAAUAAUUGCGACAAGCACGGCCACAAUGAGUGCAGCCCCAGCAAGGUAGGCGCCGAUGAAGAAAAUGGCAACAGUCACAAGAAAGACAAUGUUCAGGGGGGUAGUGACGAGGGCGCCCCCGACGAGGAAGACAACGAUGUGGGAAGCCACGAUACGGAAGGCACCAACGAGGCAAAUGAUGAAACGCGGCAGCUGGCGCGGCCAUGCUGGUUAGUCACGUGGUCUCGUCACGUGGUCCCGACGCUGCGCUCGCGAGUGUCCUUGGAUUUAGAGGUGACGUCACCGUUCCUGUUUACUCGUCACCGUGGCGACGCCGCCGAGCUGAAACGAGCUGAGGCCGCCGCCCGAGUCACCCGCGACCCAGGACCUAGACCUGGACCUGGAACUGGACCAGUACCUGCGCUGCCGCCACCGGCGCGGUGA